AUGUCGAAUCGGAACCCGAUGCAGGAUUAUGUUCAGCGGCUUCAGCAGCUCGCCAGACAGCCGCAAGGUAGAGGUGGCUUCCCCGGCGGCGGCAUGCCGCCCGUCCCGCGAGGAGCUGGCGCACUCGUUGCGGGAGCUGUCUUACUCGGAACUGGCGCCUACGUCUUGCAGAACGCUCUUUUCAACGUCGACGGUGGUCACAGGGCAAUCAAAUACAGAAGAAUAAGUGGUGUGAGCAAGGAGAUCUACACAGAAGGAACCCAUUUCCUCAUCCCCUGGUUGGAGACUCCCAUUGUCUAUGAUGUCCGAGCGAAGCCGCGUAACGUGUCGUCUCUUACGGGUACAAAGGAUCUGCAGAUGGUCAACAUCACAUGCCGUGUGCUUUCUAGGCCAGAGGUCCAGGCCCUGCCUCAAAUCUACCGAACUCUGGGACAGGAUUACGAUGAAAGAGUCCUGCCUUCUAUUGUGAACGAGGUGCUGAAGAGCGUGGUGGCGCAGUUCAAUGCCAGCCAGUUGAUCACCCAGAGAGAGAUGGUGGCCAGAUUAGUGAGAGAGAAUCUCUCUCGGAGAGCUGCCCGGUUCAACAUCCUGCUGGAUGAUGUAUCACUCACGCAUCUGGCUUUCUCACCCGAGUUUACGGCCGCCGUCGAAGCCAAGCAGGUCGCCCAGCAGGAGGCUCAGAGAGCGGCUUUCGUUGUCGACAAGGCUCGCCAGGAGAAGCAGGCUAUGGUCGUCAAGGCACAGGGUGAGGCUCGUUCAGCAGAGCUGAUCGGUGAGGCUAUCAAGAAGAGCAAGUCUUAUGUUGAGUUGAAGAAGCUGGAGAAUGCCAGAGCCAUUGCGCAAUCAAUCCAGGAGGCAGGAGGCAAGAACAGGUUACUUCUGGACGCUGAAGGCUUGGGCCUCAAUGUUUUCGAGAAGACCGAGGGAGAAAACAAGAAGUGA